UAAUUGAAUUUAUGUGGGGGAAAAAACUAAAAUAAAAAUUGGAUGAAAUGGGAAAAAAAAGAGAGUUAGUUGAUUAGAUUUGUGCGUAUGAGAAGAAAAAGAAUAGAGGUUCAAUGGAAGAAUCAAGAAGAGGAGGAGGAGAAGAGAAAGAGAUAGAAGAAUCAGUAGUAAGCGUAUUAGAAGAAGCUAAAGAGAUUCAGGAUUCAGUUUCCGUUCACAUCUCAAAAACAUUAAGCGAUGAACAACCACUUCGUCAGCGUGCUCUUGUUCUCGAUUCUAAAAUCAUUUCUCUUCGUUCUUCUCUCGAUUCUCUUCUUUCUAAUAAACUCAUUCAACCAUCCUUAGCUGAUAAGUUAGAUGAAGAUUUGCAAAGAGCCAGAUGCAUCAUCGUUGAUGGCGAUGCUUCUUACCUCCUUCCUGGACAUGCUCAAGGUAAGUUUCUCAGGAUGUUUUUGGGUCCAAUUAAUGUUCGUGCCUCUCGCAAGGAUGUUCAGCUUAAGGUUAAAGAGGAAUACAACAGUUACAGGGAUAGAACUGCUCUGCUAUUCCUGCUUUUUCCAGCAGCACUUCUCAUUCUAAGAUCUUGGGUUUGGGAGGGAUGUUUGCCAGCUUUUCCAGUACAGAUUUACCAGGCAUGGCUGCUAUUUCUUUACACUGGUUUGGCGUUGCGAGAGAACAUAUUGAGAGUAAAUGGAAGUGAUAUUCGUCCAUGGUGGAUAUAUCAUCAUUAUUGUGCCAUGAUAAUGGCCCUUGUGAGUCUCACUUGGGAAAUAAAAGGACAACCAGACUGCGCCAAAAAGCAGAGAGGUGUACAACUUUUCCUACAGUGGGCUAUGAUGCAAGGAGUUGCAAUGCUUUUGCAAAAUAGAUAUCAACGGCAAAGGCUUUAUACUCGUAUUGCAUUGGGAAAGGCUAAGAGGAUGGAUGUUGUAUGGGGAGAAACAGCUGGUGUGGAUGGCCAACUGUGGUUGCUGUGUCCCAUACUUUUCAUAUUGCAGGGAUUUGAGGCAUAUGUCGGACUAUUGUUGCUCAGAACUGCAUUUGUUGGGGUGGCUUCUGAAUGGCAGGUAAUAUUUUGCGGUCUCCUGUUGGUUGUCAUGGCCAUUGGGAACUUUCAAAAUACAGUUCAGACUCUGUUGGUAAAGUCAAGAUUUAAGGCAAAGAUGAAAAGAACCAAGAGCAAGCAGAGACUGAAUUAGCAAGCUGUGACUUCUUAAGCUUUUGAUAGGAUCAGGAUUUUUUUGCACUCUUUUAAGUUUUGACCACUGUGCAUGUCUAGUUGGUUUUGUUGUAGCAUCAAACAUUUAAUGCAUCUAAAGAGUAAAUUUGGAUUUGAUAUUUAUAAGUAUAUUAUUGUCUUGCAACUUCUAUUGUACACUCUUUGGGUCGCCAUACUUGUUCCGUGACGUAGCAGGAUGAUGAUCGAAUAUUCUGGUCUCCUCGCCUCCAUGAUCUUUUUUAAGAUUAUUAUAAGUAAUUUGCUUACUUGAAUGUA